UGAAUACUGUGUAGCAUGGUGGCGGGUAAUGGGUGUCAACAUGAAGAUUUCUGUCUUGUAAUUUUUAAUUACUGCGGUUGAUGUAUUUUCUUUCUGAAAUGUAACAAAGCCCUAUGUUAAGUAAUAAUGCUGUGAUCGAAGAACCUAUUUUUCAUUUUGGACGUUUGUCUGCAUUGUCGCCUGUUACAGUGAAAUCAUGAGUCUUCAAAAACGAAAAACUUCAAAAAAAGAUACUGGAGUUCUUGAGGUUCGUUUUGUUGGAGAUGCGGACGUCUUGGACCACAUUGUUGAUAAGCAAGAUGUGAAGGUCUCAAAGGACUUGGUCCAGAAGCUGGUUACUGAUCUUCCUCGAGAGAAAGAGGGGGAUGAGGAAGAUGAUGAUGUUUUUGAUCAACAGGAGUACGUAGAGGCACUUGGUGCUGGAGCUGAAGAUGGAGCGGAAGGUGGCUCUGCUGCCAUAGGAGGUGCGGCUGUGUUUACGUUCCAGACCCUCAAGCGCUCAAACAAGAUGGCUCAGAUGGCUACUGCAUGGGCCCGCACACCAGUAAAAAACGUCACAUUCAGUACCCCUGAUGAAGACGCCAGUCCCCCAAAAGCCAGCAAGAGGCAGGAUAGCCAAAACAAGACCCCACAGAAGGGGAAAAAGGUGCAAUUUGUCUCAACUACUCCACAUAGACUAAGAAAAAGGCUGUCAGCCCCAAACCUGAAGUCUGACAGUGACAGUGAACUCUCUCCCUCCGAUUCGGAGGAGGAGGGUGAUGAGAAGGAGGGUGGAGAGGAGAGCUCUGUCGCAACGGAGGCGACCCCAAAAACACCCAGCAAGUCCGCUGCUGCAGCCUUAUACCAAACCCCGGGCAAGAAAACCAAGAAAGCCCCGGAGCCCAGUCUCCUGGAGGAGUAUUUUGAAGCACACAGCAGCUCGAAGGUCCUGACGUCUGAUAGAACUUUGCAGAGACUCCAAACUCCCAGACUGGACCAGGAAACACUGUGCAAGCUGCUUGAUGGAAAUCCAUCCCGUUACGCAGAUGAAAUCGGUCAGUUAAACAAGGGUCACGAGAAGCAUUUCAACAAGUGGAUGCUGCAGCUACAGUUAGGCUUCAGUGUGUUGGUGUACGGUCUGGGUUCAAAGAAGCUGCUACUGGAGACGUUCCGUACCUCCAUGCUGUCAGACUCUGUCCACAUGGUCAUCAACGGCUUCUUCCCCAGCAUAACGCUCAAGUCGAUCCUGAACUCCAUCACAGGAGAGGUUCUGGACCACAUCGGCAAUUUCAGAACUCCCAUGGAUCAAAUGGACUUCAUUGUGGAAGCUAUGAGAAAAGACCCGGACUUCCACGUUUACCUCAUCAUCCACAAUAUCGACGGCCCCAUGCUGAGGAACGAGAAGACCCAGCAGACACUGGGUCAGCUGGCCUCCAUUCCCAACAUCCACAUGGUGGCUUCUAUCGACCAUAUCAACGCCCCACUCGUGUGGGACCAGCCGAAAAUGAGCCUUUUCAACUGGCUUUGGUACGAGACCACCACCUAUCUGCCGUACGUUGAGGAGACCUCCUAUGAGAACUCCCUCCUCGUGCAGCAGUCUGGAGCGCUGGCUCUGAGCUCCCUCACUCACGUGCUGCGCAGCCUCACGCCAAAUGCCAGAGGGAUCUUCAGACUACUGGCAGAGUUUCAGCUGGAGAACAGGGACAACCCCACAUAUACAGGGCUGUCCUUUCAAGAUUUUUACCAGCGUUGUCGUGAGGCCUUCCUGGUGAACAGCGACAUCACUCUGAGGACACAGCUGACCGAGUUCAGAGACCACAAGCUCAUUCGUACCAAGAAGGGUGCGGAUGGUGUGGAGUAUCUCCUCAUCCCUGUUGACCCAGGAACUCUCUCGGACUUCCUAGAGAAAGAUGUGGCGGAGUAAAACCCACCAGGCGGCCAUCUUGUGUGUGUGUGUUCUACUUCCAAAUCAUCCUCCAGAGUCUUGAGAAGCCCCAGCCAAACCCCGGAAGGCAGAUUUGUGUGGAAGAUACCAGAAAUGAGAGAAGGCAAUGACUCUUGUGCAAACGUGCUCUUACUGAACUCAGUGCAACAGGCAGGGUGACACUUGCAAUGGGGGACACCCUGUUGAUCUGUCGUGGGAAACAAGCACUUUGUGUCCUCAUUGUAAAGUUGAUACUAUCCAAGAAAAUAAAUGUUAUAUUACUUGUC